AUGCUUCAGGGCGCGCACCUUGCUAGCCUUCGCAAGUUUGAGCGCAAGUUCAUCAAACUGGCGACGCAAAAAUGUGAGGCGGGCAUUCGCAAUCCGUUUGCUGAGGAAAUCAUGCAGGCAGAUCGUCAGCUAUGGUGCCAGAUGGCCGAUCUGGUAAACUUGCAUGGCUGGUCUUUGGAUGACGCAUUGACGGAAUACACAGAGAUUAGGGGCGACAUCUAUUCGUUGCUACAGGCUCGUGUGGCGGUCCCCAAAAAAUGGGACCUCCCGCCAGGCUCUCGCCGGCUUCCUGGUGGCAAGGGCAAACAGAAGGGCGGGGGUAAGGGCCGUGGGGCGAAUGCCGGUCAGACGGCUCCGUCUGGGGCUAAGUGGAUUACGAAGUUCGAGGACAAGGGCAAGACUCGUUUUCUUUGUCGGGAUUACUCUUGGGCAAAGGGCUGCUCUUUCACGGAUUGCAAAUUCGAGCAUUUGUGCCCUGUGCCUCGCCCGGAUGGCAGACCUUGCUUGGGCAAGACGGGCCGCUUGGAUGCAGCGGAGAUGCAGGCGGACACUUCUCAGCAGCCUCUGGAUUGGGAGACUUGCCUUUCAGUUUUGCAACAACACUGUCCAGGGCAGACUCAGUUGAUGAGGAACAAGGUUCUGGAUGGUGGCCGGGAGCACGCAAGCUACUUCAAUGCUGGGGUUCGCUCGGGCUCCCUAGGCGGACUUUGUCGCUUCACCAUGGAAAAUCCAAUGCUGGUGAAGUACAUCAAUCUUUUCUUGAAAUCAGUUUUUCCCACAGCUACGUGGUCUAGUUUCUGCAUAUCGCACAAUGAAUUCGCUCAUCUUCAUUCGGAUUUCAACGCCCCAGGGUCGCUGAAUCACUCGUGCAGCUUGGGGGCUUUUGACAAAGGGGGCUUGUGGAUUCAGAUGGAUUGUUCUGAGUACCCGGAUCUCCCGAGAUGUCCGCCAACCGAUGCGCAGGCGGAUCAAUCUUUGCGGGGUUGCAUUUUCAACACUCGCCGAUCGGGUUUUUCUUUCGAUGGCUCUCUGCCUCACUGCUCAGAGCCCUGGACAGGGGAUCGAUGGGUCCUGACAGCAUACACUUCAGCCCAAUUGCCAGGCGUUUCGCAGGACGACUUGCAGCAGCUGAGGGAGUUGCACUUUCCUUUGCCGAAUUUUGCGGAGCAGUUGGAGUCUGGAAACACAGCGGAGGCGGUGCUUCUUCCUUCACCCCCAUCAGUUCUUGAUCUCUCCAAGGUUCGGGGCAAUCUUUUCCUGGACUUGUUUGCGGGUCACGCUCGGCCGCUGUCUUCUGCAUUUUUGCAAGCUGGGGUAUCUGUUAUGUCGAUAGAUACGUUGUUGUCUGCAGAGCACGAUCUUCUGGAUGAUUCAAUUUAUGAGCCGCUUCUUCGGUUGUGUUACUCUGGAGCAGUCACUCUGGCGCAUGCUUCGCCACCGUGUAAGGAGUACUCACGGUGCAAAUUGAUUCAGCCUGGUCCCAAGCCGUUGCGAACUCCCGAAUACUUGUCAGGGGUCCCAGGUCUUUCGCCACCAGAACAGGAGAGAGUGGUGAACAGCCGGACCUUGAUGCAGCGUGCAUCCGAACUUCUUCAUGCUUCCUAUAAGGCUGGCGGCCACUUCAGCCUGGAAAAUCCUGCUAAUAGCAUGCUUUGGCUAGAAGAACCCGUCCGUCUACUUCUUCAGAAGGCAAGCGCUGAUGUUCUGGUAGUGGCGGCUUGCGCUUACGGUUGGGACAUUUCGAAACGCUGGGCUUUCGCUACUACAUUUCGAGACAUGCAGCAGCUGGCCAAGGAUUGUACUCACGCUGAGGGCACUCAUCGGCCGGUUGCAGGGGUUCUAGAUGAAUUUGGAGGUUUCGUCUCCCAACAGACUUCUGAAUUUCCCGCGAAGCUCGCGGAUGCCUAUGUCGCUGCAGCUUUUCCUCUGUUUGCUACGGCUGAGAACCCGGUGGACGUUCAGCUGUCUCAACUGUAUCAGCUUCUCCCAGCCAAGGGUCGCUUUGACAUGCCUUUUGCACAUCAAGAUGGCGCUGGCAUUUUUUCUGUCCCCGACUGGUCUUUUCCUCCGAGUGGGACAGUGGACAGACUGCAACAGAUUCGGUUGAGGCAUUUGUGCAAGACCGCUUGA